AUGGACCUUUCCGUAAACGAGCGUGAUGGAUCCUCGAUGGCUUUUGCAAUGACGUCUUCUCAGCGAGGCUGGUCUCGCUGGCCCCGGCCUGGAACAUUGCUGACCUGUUCGUAUGACGGAACAACCAAGUUCUGGUCCAUCUCAACCGGGCGCUGCUGGCGCAGCCUCAAGCAGGAGGGCCCUGUAAUGUCUGUCGCCGUGUCGUCAGACGGGAGGUAUCUGUUGACGGCCGCGUAUGAUGGUGUCGCUGCAUUGUGGUGCGUGGCCAGAGGGGAAGCCAUCCGAACUUUGAAGGGGCAAGAGGGUGGCCUCUACACGGCGGUAUUUUCACCGAAUGGCCAGUCAGUGCUGACGGCCUCGGCACAUGGAGCUGCCUGCAUGUGGAGAUGGAGGAUUGGCAAGGUGCAAUGGCUCUUGAAAGGGCACGAGGACAACUACAUGCGUUCCGCGACAUUUUCGCCGGACGGAGAAACCAUUGUCACAACAUCAUCGGAUUGCUCACUGCGGAUCUGGCAGCUCGACUCGUCGGACGAGUCUAGAGCGCCGGUCCUUCUCAGAACACUUGAGGGCCACUAUGGCUGGGUGAACACAGCGGUCUUCUCACCCAGUGGCGAUCAGAUCCUGUCAGCGGCUGCUGACAAAACAGCCAGGCUCUGGUCUGCAUCAACAGGAGCCUGCCUGCUGACCUUCACAGGGCAUUGGGCGUAUGUGCGAUCGGCUGUUUUCAGUCCGCAGCAGACCAUGGUUCUGACGGCUUCAGCAGACUGGACGGCAAAACUGUGGAACUCGCAGACGGCAACUUGCAUACAGACCUUCACGGGUCACUCGCAAUGGGUCAACAUGGCGUCUUUCGUCAAUGGCCUCGCCAAGAUUGUUACAUGCUCCCGGGACAACAGCGCCCGGCUCUGGGAUACCAAAACUGGCGCCUGCCUGCGCGUGUACGACGAGCAUAGUGACUUCGUGAUGUGGGCGAUGGUUCCUGCCACGCUUGCAACCAAAGACUACAAAGACCAAAGGCGCAAGAUCAAAGCUGGCCAGAGGCGCUGGAUAGCCAAAGCUGCUUCCAUUGACUGGCAGAAAGAUGGUUCCGUUUGGGCACGGAGAUGCGGCUCACAGAGCAAUUACCAAUUAUAUCAAUGA